UAUACCUUACUAGUAUUUAGAAGUUGUACAUCGAUACAACAUGGUCGUAUGAAAUAUAUACACACUUCCUAGAUAAUUUUGCAGGUAGAGAGAGAAGAUGACUCGAGUUCGGAAACUGGACAUUGAACAUAUGGAGAAAAACUCCGAUGUCAAAAAGAUGAUGGCGACCUUAUCCGAUCUGGAGAAUCUCGAUUUCCUCAUCUUAAGAGGGUUUCGUUUCAGAAGCAUGCCUUCGCUGGAUGGGUUCGGCAUCCUGCACAAUCUCACAAGGCUCAAAUUGGAAGGCCUCCUCACCAGGUUACCCGAUGCCAAUAGUUUCCCUCCAAAUAUUUCUAAUCUCACCCUGUUCAACACGUGUCUCGACGAAGACCCCAUGCCCGUGCUCGAGAAGCUUCCCAACCUAGUCCACCUCAAACUGCGGAAUGCAUACACUGGUCUGGAGAUGGUGAUCUCGCCCGAGGGUUUACAGGUGCUCAAGUUCUUCUACAUCGGAGAGUUGUGGCAUCUCAGAGAUAUCAAAGUUGGGGAAGGUGCGAUGCCGAUGCUCAAGGUACUGGAAAUCAGCCAUUGCCCGUAUUUGGAGAAGCUUCCGAAAGAGGUGUUUACUAAGCUGUCGGAGUUGAGGAUGUUGACUUCCAAAAGCAUAGCCACAAAGGUACACAGAGAUGAGAAGGUCACAAUCUCCAAAUUACGCCAUGUGGAUAUCAAACCAUAGAAUUGAAGACAUUGUGUUUUUCUGUCUUGCCAUUUCAAUGUACUCGUCGUUACUGUUGUUUUCCUGCUUUCGAGUCGAAAAUAAAUGCUAAUUUGAUCCGGUAUCGUUUCAUUCCUA